CCUUGCUGCCGGAUCGGAAGUUACGACAUUUUAAUCGGAACGGGAGCUCGCUGGCUGUGAAGCUCCCGUAACUACCGAAGCGGCCCGUCUCCCGUCUCCCGUCUCCGAUUUUCUUCCUUCGUUGCUGCAUCGCUGGUCGCUGCAGCUCGUCCUUCGUCCGUUGGUCGCUGGUCGCUGCAGAUACUCCUUCACAGCUCCUUCGUCCAUGCUUGGAUCCUUCGCCGUCCAGUUCUUAAUCUUCGCUGGCUCGCUCCACCUCCUCCUUCGUCGGUGCUUGCAUCAUUCAAUCAUUUGCAAGGAAUAUGGAAACGGAGGCUGUGAAGGAAAAUGAUAAGCAACGGUUCAUUUUUAGAGACAUCAGGAGAUAUUACUGCGAGUAUUGCGGAAUUUGUAGGUCCAAGAAAUCUCUUUUAAGAUCUCAUAUCCUCUCGCACCAUAAGGAAGAAAUACAGAUGGUAAAACUUGAUGAGGUUAGUGCAUUCAAGGCAGCAAGUCAGAAGGUUCAGCAUGCUUGUGAGGAGUGUGGCGCAAGUUUCUGGAAACCAGCUCAUCUAGCGCAGCAUAUGAAAAGCCACUCCGUUGAGAGACCAUUUGCUUGUCCAGUGAAGGAUUGCUAUUUUAGUUACCGACGAAAGGAUCAUUUAAAUCGACAUUUACUCAAGCACAAGGGCAAAGUCUUUGAUUGCCCUGUCCAAAGUUGCAAUCGCGCAUUUGCCUUCCAAGGAAAUCUGAAGAGACAUGUGAAGGAAAUUCAUGAUGAUGAAUCCCCAUGUGAAGCUGAAAAACGGCAUACUUGUGAGGAGCCUGGAUGUGGAAAAAUAUUUAAGUUUGCAUCUAGAUUAAAGAAGCAUCAAGAUUCCCACUUGAAGGUGGAAUUCUUGGAAAUUUUUUGUGGGGAACCUCUUUGUAUGAAGCCUUUCACAAAUUCUGAGUGCCUGAAGGCCCAUAUACAAUCUUGCCACAAGUAUGUUAAGUGUGAGAUAUGUGGAGCCCAAAAAUUGAGAAAAAAUUUUAAGCGACAUCAAAGGGCACAUGAAGGUGUUAUUUCAAAGGAAAGAAUCAAGUGCAGUUUUCUAGGAUGUGAACAAUCGUUCUCAAAGAAAUCAAACCUCAAUAAGCAUAUUAAAGCUGUUCAUGAAGAACUUAGGCCAUUCAGAUGUCGAACAUCUGGAUGUCAGCAAAGAUUCCCUUACAAGCAUGUUAGAGAUAAUCACGAGAAGACUCAUGUAUACGUGCAGGGCAAUUUUUUCGAAGCUGAUGAACAGUGGAGGUCAAGGCCGAGAGGUGGACGGAAGAGGGAAAGAAUAACCAUUGAGGCCUUGACGAGGAAAAGAGUGGUUCCAUUAGACAGGUCAUCCAUCAUGGAAAAUGGAGCCGACUACUUGAGAUGGUUGCUUGACGAUGAUGAAUAGAAUGCUUGAAUAUAGCAUUAACAGUAUUUUGGCAUAUCUAUGUAUAUGAAAGUGGCCAUGUGGUUAUUUUGCAUAAUUGUUUAUAGAGGAAUGAAUGCUAUUGGAACUUCUAUAGCUUGUGUUAACUAAGAAA